AUGACGGAGAAGCAAGUGCAUAGCGAUACGUGCCAUGUGCAAGGUCGUGAACAUCGAGACGAGGCGAGAGUCAGUACCAAGGAUCGCCUGGUUCUUAUCCCGACGCCUAGCAGCGAUGCAAGGGACCCACUGAACUGGUCGAAUGCGAAAAAGCAUGGAUCCUUGGCCGUGCUGUGCUUUGCCGCCUUUGCGKCAACAACGGCUCCAACUGCACACCAAACAGCAUACCUGGAUAUCGCACGGGCAUAUGGCAAAACACCAACAGCGCUCUCCUACUCGAUCUCGGCAGCCGUGGCCGGCUUGCUUGGGGGACCCUUCCUUCUGGUUCCACUGGCGGGCCUCAUCGGCCGCACUGCUCUGAUUUUCUGGUCGCUGCUCGGUGUAAUUGCCACGCAAAUAUGGUCCGCCACGGCGAGUUCACCGGACGACUUCAUCUCUUUCACGAUCUCGCGUCUGAUGUGUGGUGUCUUUGCGUCGGUGCCCACAAUCAUGGGCUCGGGGUAUAUCAUGGACAUGUUCUUUCUGCAUCGUCGUGGCUUCGCCUUCGCGUCCUUUGAGCUUUCGUUCCUUUUUGGCGUCGUAGCCUUGCCUACUAUCGGCGGCUUCAUUGUGGAAUCGCAUCCUUGGCCUUUCACGUUCUGGUGGACGCUUGCACCCCUCGGACUUGCCAUCAUACUAGUAGCGGCGUUCUUGGAAGACACCGAGUAUGCACCAGGCCGAUCCACUACAUUCAUCUCACAGUAUGCUUCUGAUGGGACCCCAUACCUGCGGAGAAGACUGAGAUGUCUUCUUGGGCUCGGUGUGACACCACCAAGCAGCCUGAACAAGACUCUACGGCAAGCAGCCCUACCCUUUUUAAUCGGCGUGACGCCCAUAACCAUGCUUGCGGGCUUCUAUACGCUGAUCAACUUUGCCUGGGCUAUUCUGGUCAACACAGAGCUUGCGAUCUUCCUGGAGAUUCCAGUCGUUGCUGGCGGCUAUGGCUUCUCAGCCGGUCAAACUGCUGCAUUCACUUUCACGAGCUGGUUGGCAUUGAUCGCCGCACAGACAUAUGGAAUGUUUCUGAACGACCGUAUUCCACUAUGGUUCGCCUCCCGGCGCACAGGGACGGAGCACAAUCGCUGGCAUCCAGAAAACAGGCUUUUACCUCUAUUCUUGGGUCCUGCAAUUGCCUCACCGAUUGGUCUGGGAAUUGUGGGCGCAGCACUCCAGUACCACCUGCACUACAUGGUCCUUGCUGUGGGUUACUUUCUGGUCAUUUUCGCAGCACAGUUGUGUGUCCCAAUCUGCGUCAAUUACGCAUGUGAAAACUUCAAGGGUCGUGUGGUCGAGACGACUGUGGCCAUGAAUGCAUACCGCUUGUCCUUGGGAAUCGGUCUGGGCUUCUUCUUCCAGCCCUGGCAAGAAGCAGUUGGCGUGGGGUGGCUGUUUGGUACAGCAGCCUUCUUGGCCAUCUUCUCAAUUGCUGCACUUGCCAUGCUUAUCAUGUAUGGCGAGCAAGUAAGACGGAUCACAUGGUUCAAGGGUCUGCUGGAUUCCGAGGACGGUAGAAAGCUUAUGAGCGAUUAA